UGACCCCGGCCUGCCCGCGGGACUCCAGGCGCCUCUUCUGCCCGCACCCCGCGACCCCUCCUGGGACCCCGGAGACAGCCGGCCUGCCCCCGGCGUCCCAUUUGGCCGGCACGCCCCGCCGCUCCGCGCCCCGGCUGGGCCAUGCCGGGGCUGCGCCGGGACCGCCUGCUGACCCUGCUGCUGCUGGGCGCGCUGCUCUCCGCCGACCUCUACUUCCACCUCUGGCCCCAAGUGCAGCGCCAGCUGCGGCCCCGGGAGCGCCCGCGGGGGUGCCCGUGCACCGGCCGCGCCUCCUCUCCGGCGCCAGACUUGGCGGCAGCCGCCUCAGACCCCGGCACGAUAGUGCACAACUUUUCCCGAGCCGAGCCCCGGACUGAACCGGCCGGCGGCAGCCGCAGCGGCUCAGGCUCCAAGCUGCAGGCCCUCUUGGCCCACCCGCUGUACAACGUCCCGGAGGAGCCGCCUCUCGUGGGAGCCGAGGACUCGCUUCUGGCCAGCCAGGAAGCGCUGCGGUAUUACAGGAGGAAGGUGGCCCGCUGGAACAGGCGACACAAGAUGUACAGAGAGCAGAUGAACCUCACCUCCCUGGACCCCCCACUGCAGCUCCGACUCGAGGCCAGCUGGGUCCAGUUCCACCUGGGUAUUAACCGCCAUGGGCUCUACUCCCGGUCCAGUCCUGUUGUCAGCAAACUUCUGCAAGAUAUGAGGCACUUUCCCACCAUCAGUGCUGAUUACAGUCAAGAUGAGAAAGCAUUGCUGGGGGCGUGUGACUGCACCCAGAUUGUGAAACCCAGUGGGGUCCACCUCAAGCUGGUGCUGAGGUUCUCGGAUUUCGGGAAGGCCAUGUUCAAACCCAUGAGACAGCAGCGAGAUGAGGAGACGCCCGUGGACUUCUUCUACUUCAUUGACUUUCAGAGACACAAUGCUGAGAUCGCAGCUUUCCAUCUGGACAGGAUUCUGGACUUCCGACGGGUACCGCCAACAGUGGGGAGGCUAGUGAAUGUCACCAAGGAAAUCCUAGAGGUCACCAAGAAUGAAAUCCUGCAGAGUGUUUUCUUUGUCUCUCCAGCGAGCAACGUGUGCUUCUUCGCCAAGUGUCCAUACAUGUGCAAGACGGAGUAUGCUGUCUGUGGCAACCCACACCUGCUGGAGGGUUCCCUCUCUGCCUUCCUGCCAUCCCUCAACCUGGCGCCCAGGCUGUCUGUGCCCAACCCCUGGAUCCGCUCCUACACACUGGCAGGAAAAGAGGAGUGGGAGGUCAAUCCCCUUUACUGUGACACAGUGAAACAGAUUUACCCGUACAACAACAGCCAGCGGCUCCUCAAUGUCAUCGACAUGGCCAUCUUCGACUUCUUGAUAGGGAAUAUGGACCGGCACCAUUAUGAGAUGUUCACCAAGUUUGGGGAUGAUGGGUUCCUUAUUCACCUUGACAAUGCCAGAGGGUUCGGACGACACUCCCAUGAUGAAAUCUCCAUCCUCUCGCCUCUCUCCCAGUGCUGCAUGAUAAAAAAGAAAACACUUUUGCACCUCCAGCUGCUGGCCCAAGCUGACUACAGACUCAGCGAUGUGAUGCGAGAAUCACUGCUAGAAGACCGGCUCAGCCCUGUCCUCACUGAACCCCACCUCCUUGCCCUGGAUCGAAGGCUCCAAACCAUCCUAAGGACAGUGGAGGGGUGCAUAGUGGCCCACGGACAGCAGAGUGUCAUAGUCGAUGGCCCAGUGGAACAAUCGGCCCCAGACUCUGGCCAGGCUAACUUGACAAGCUAAGGGCUGGAAGAGCCCAGUUUCAGAAAAUACGCCUGGAGCCAGAGCAGCGACUCGAGUGCCGACCCUGCUUCCUCACCUCCACCUGUUAAUGCUGGAGGUCAAGUCAGCUAGGAAGGGAGUAGGACAUUUUCUCAAACAGCAAGUGGGGCCCAAGGAACUUGAUCUUUACUCCUUGGUGCACUGCUUCUGUCGUGCAUUGCCUUGCUCCGUUUUUCCCAAAAAGCACUGGCUUCAUCAAGGCCACAGACAAUCUCCUGAGUGCACUGGAAAAUCUAGGUAUAGGUCAGUCUUGGCAGCCUUGAUCCCAGGAGAGUACUAAUGGCAACAAGUCAAAUAAAAGGACAUCAAGUGGAUACCUGACUGUUCUCAGGAUCCUUAUUCUAUCUACAAGUCAAAGAUAACUCCUGGUCCAGACAAAACACCUGGCCUAUCACAAGCUGACUAAAAAUCUGCACUUUGGGCCAAUGCAGGCAACAGUAACUCUCAGACAGGUUCAAAUUAGACCUUGAACUUUCUACUCAUAUUCUAGUCACUGGCCCCAUCUGAAUCAGUAAUCCCUACUGCCCGGUCCUGGAGUAACUUCUUAGAGAUGUUAUUACAAGUGGCAAAAAUAAAAGAGGGACUUGCUAAGAAUAUCA